AUGCGCGCCUCAAUCUGCACUGCUCUCACCCUCGCCGCUGGCGCUCUCGCCGCAGAGGAAAAGGUCACCGUUUCCAAGCUCUCUAUUCACAGCAUCGGAAGUCCCGUCGGUACCAAGAUCGAGAGUGUCUCUUUCGUUCUCAACGGAGAUGAUGCCGACAACGUCAAGUGUUCUGCCAAGAAUGUUGCUUUCCCGGUCCCCGACGAUAUCCUGCCUUGUGGCGACUCCAACUAUGCCUUCACCCUUUGGGAGGGUGAGAAGGGUGCCAAGUUCCGUGUUAUGGUUUAUCACGAUGUUGGCGACAGUCGUGCCGACCUUCGAGGUGGCGCUGAUAUUCGCACCAAGUGCGACAACAGCCAGGGCAGCGGCCCGGCUGACGAGAUCUGCACUCAGGUCAAGCCUGUGAGCUUCAAGAUCGACGGCCCCGUCGGUAGCUCCCCUGAUAUGUAG